UGAACACCAGUACGGUGAGAGAAAAGGCUCAAACUUCACGCGUCCUCUGCAGACUCGCUCGCUGUACGUAAAAAAAAAUGUCUGCCACCCGAUACCGUCGGUUCCUGAAACUGUGUGAAGAGUGGCCGCGGGAUGAGACCAAGAAGGGCCGCGACCUGGGGACGUUUCUGCGGCAGAGAGUAGCCUCCGCCUUCCGGGAGGGUGAAAACACACAGAUCACAGAUCCAGAGAAAUGUGACCAGAUGUAUGAAAGUUUGGCCCAAAUUAACGGCAACGUGUACAGACAGCGAUUUCCUCGUGUAAGAGACACAAGCUUUACCGGUGUGACGGUGGAAGAGUGUAAAGUUCUUCUGUCAGGGAGUAUGCAACAGACGGACGAAGAAAAAAAGGGUCUUUGGAAGACGUUAAUGGAGAGAUUCUCCUCCAAAUCACCAGAAGAUGGUCCAGAGAAAUCUGCAGAAAAAUAACUCUUUUCUUAUUGUAUGUACAGAAAUACAACUUACUGUUCUAUUAUUGAUUGUUUUUGACUGUCAUUUUUAUGAAAUGUUAUUAUGGAACUGUUUUUAAAUUUGGUUAGUUGUAUAGGCUGUCUCCAUCCAUCAAUCCAUCCAUUAUCUAUUUAUACAAAUUAUCCAUUGAAGGUCGGAGGAUACCAACGCCAAUCCCUGAGGAACACCUUAGAGGGGUCACCAGUCCAUCAUAGCGCAGAAUGAAAAAGACUCAGCAAAAGGACAAAGGGUUCUGGAAUACCAUCCAAGCACAUACAUUUGACAAGGAACCCUUUAAGGAGACACAUUUUAACAUUGCAAAUGAUGCUUCAACUAAGGUCGAGGAUUGUGUUUGUUAUUUAGAAUAUCUAAAAAUGUAUCUGGUGGAAAUAAAGAUCAGGGGCUGAGGAACAAGAUCUCUAAGCAUUAAGAGAUCCAAUGUCACUGAGUGUUUUCAUAGUGAAACUCCGGGAUUUAACCGACUGGAAAAGAAACACUACAAUCUACUAUAAGUCCCUAUCACUCUGUUUAUUUUGAUGCAGAUCCAGAAAAAUAAAAAUCUGUUAAAGGUUUGGACCGAAUCUGA